GCGUCGCGCUGGCGGCGGGGCGGGAGCGGGGCGGGCGCGGAGCGAUGGCGGCGCCGGGGCCCGGCGGGGGCUCCUCAGGGGGAGCCUCGGGGGGAGCCCCGGGGCCGCCCCCGGAGCUCCAUCCCCGCUGCGGGCGCCUCGUGUCGCUGUCCCAGGGCGGCCGCAGCGCCGCCAGGGCCCAGCCCGGCCAGGAGUUCAACCACGGGCUGGUGCUGAGCCGGGAGCCGCUGAGGCCCGGGCGCGUCUUCACCGUGAGGAUCGAUAGGAAGGUGAAUUCCUGGAGCGGCUCCAUCGAGGUGGGCGUCACCGCCCUGGACCCCCCGAGCUGGAGUGAAUUCCUGGAGCGGCUCCAUCGAGGUGAAUUCCUGGAGCGGCUCCAUCGAG